AUGGCUGGGGCCCUCCCUCAAACCCUCAAGGCCAUCACUGCCACAAAGAUCAACGAACUCUCCAAGCAGCGCGCACUCUUUGACCAGCACAAGGAGAAAAUUCUCGCGGCUGCCAAUGCUGCAACUAACCUGCGCUCUCGCGCUCACGCUCUACUGGAUGGAAUCUCACGUCUGAAAGGCCUUCCUAAGGACUCACUCGAUAAGAAUGACAGCGACCUGGACGCCGAUUCUUCGGAUUCGGCCUCGGAAGAAGAUUACACAUCCCCGCUUCACAUGCUACGCCGCAAGUCUAGUACUAGCUCAUCUGACCACUCCAAUAUUCGCCGCUUCCUUCUUCAGGGUCCUUACGACAGUUCGAUCUCUCAGUCAUCUCUGCAGAACUGGAUUGACCAGCUUGAAAAGGAGCUGACCUUCCUGGAGACCAAGCAUGAACAUGGCGCAUUCUUUAGCAAGCUAGUCACCGAGUGGCUAUCGGAGCUGGACACUACCGACGAAACCAAUGCCGCCCAAUCGGAUACCCACUUCCAGCAGGUUGGACGAGCUGAGAUGCACGAGCAACGCGCCACUUGGGAAGCCCUGGUAUUCACUCCUGCUACCCACGUCAACGAUAAAGCAAUCAAGGAUUAUCUCGAUCAUCUUUUCAAGCAGACGGAGCUUUCUCGUGAGGCGAUCAAGAACCUCAAAGCAAGCAUUAACUCUUUUGCGAAUAAUCUGGCAUCGAAAGGAAAAUGGAUCGAUACGCACAACCUCAAAUGGAUAUCCAAGGCACUACUAAAGACUGAUCUCCUCAGCAAUGAGAAAUCAUCAGUUCUGAAGGAGUUUAUGCGGAACCAGGAAGUUGCUCAGGAAGUUGCAGAUGUGUUGAACAUGCGAAUUGCUUCGCUUGACAGCUGGGCCUGGGAUGGGAACGGGAUUUCCAUCGACAUGCGUCGGCAGCUGAACGGGAAGUAUCGAGUAUUCAUGGACGAAGACCUCCUUGAUGCCCUUCUUCUGCAGUACUUGGGAACCACUUGGUCUGUGGAGUUUCGACGGGUAUUUGAAACAUUCCUACACUCUCACGCCUGGAAGCCUCUACGCGAGAACAUACCCGAAGAGCAUAAAGAGCGACGCAGAUACUUCUUGGGUCAAAAUGGAAGCUUAGAGAUUACCCACGCUAACAAGAUUCCGAAAAAAGUCAAUGAGACUCGGAAGAAGACUUACGAGGAUGAGUACUUUAUGAGCCAACUGCCUACUUCGGUUAACGAAGGUGCACGCGACUAUGAUGAUGACAAUGAAGGCCAACGGGACUGGAUCGCAAAGGAGGAAAAGAAGGCAAAGAAUGCUUUGGACACAAAACACUCUCUUCUUCACCUCUUGAUCACAGAGUCUAUCCUCCACAAACAUCAGCGUGGAGAAUUCACAGCAGUGCGGUCCGACUUUGAAUGGUUCGGUCCUUCAAUGCCUCACACCACUUUGCUCACAGUGCUCGAGUACUUCGGAGUUCCAGAGAUGUGGCUCAACUUCUUCAGGGUAUUCCUACAGGCUCCGCUUAAAUUUUCUCAGGAUGGAUCAGCUGCUGCUAUCCAAAUUCGCCAGCGUGGACUGCCAAUGAGCCACACGCUUGCUGAUUGCUUUGGAGAGGCUGUUCUCUUCUGCAUGGACUACGCAGUCAAUCAAAGCACAGACGGAGCUUACCUCUACAGACUCCAUGAUGAUUUCUGGUUCUGGGGAGCGGAAGAGACCUGCAUCAAGGCAUGGGAAGCGAUGUCUCAGUUUUGUGGAGUGAUGGGUCUCAAGUUCAACAAGGAGAAGACCGGAACAGUGAUGAUGGGCAAGUCUCGCAACCGCAAAAACACAGUUCUCCCCGCCGGUGAGAUUCGCUGGGGUUUCCUGGUUCUCGAUGCAGAGAAAGGUAAAUUCACCAUUGACCAGACUCAAGUUGACAAGCACAUCGAAGAGCUCUCGCGCCAGCUGACGUCCUGUAAGAGCGUCUUUGCUUGGGUUCAAGCUUGGAACGCCUACUUCGGUCGCUUUUUCGCAAACAACUUUGCAAAGCCAGCUGUUUGCUUCGGCCGUGACCACAUCGACAUGGCCAUUUCCACUCUCAGUCGCAUUGAGCGCACACUGUUCAACAAGGGCGUAAGUGGUACCGGCACCUCGGACCAGACCAGUGGUGUCACCGAAUACCUCCGCAAGAUGAUCGGCGACAGGUUCAGUGUCAAAGAUCUCCCUGACGGGUUCUUUUAUUAUCCCCCCGAGAUUGGCGGUCUGGGUCUUCUCAACCCGUUCAUCAAACUACUUGCCAUGCGCGAGAAUAUCAAAGAGACUCCGCGCAAGAUCCUGCACAAGGCAGCUCUCCUGGAUGAGAAAGCCUACCAAUCCUUCAAGACCAAGUUUGAGGAAGACGGACCGGACAACAAGGCCCCAUCGCUGAUUGAUACAGACGGGAAGCCCUUGCCGUUCAUGUCCCUCGAAGAAUUCAACAAUUACCCGGAAACCUACAGCUCUGGCCUUUGGCACGCGUACAAGGCUCUGUGUCGAGUCCCGGAGGAGGACGGUGUGGCUCUGACUCCUGGCUUUGCAGCGGAUCAGGAAAUCCUGGAAAUGGACUCGCCGAUUUCUAGCGAUUGGUAUGCCAUGACCCCCUACUGGCGGUGGGUUGCGCAGCUGUAUCACGAUGAGAUGAUUCGCACUUAUGGUAGUCUUGCUGCGGCAAAGCGGGAGUUUAUGCCACUCGGUGUUGUGAAGACCCUGCGCGAGGGUCGGUUCAGAUGGCAGGGUUGA